CUCUUACCGCAUAGACGCUUCUGAGUGUUACGAUAUAAGAGCUGCGUGAAGGUUUUCUUUCUCUUCGUACCUGCUCGCCAGCGAAGAGAGCUAAACCCCCUCCUCGGCAGCCCCACGACGUUACGACGCACCUACCGCAUGAUACCACGAGUCGACGCUUAAACAACGAAUAGAUAACGAUGCCUGGAUUCGCCGAUUCUUUCUGGUCGAAUGAUUAUGCUGCUGGACUUGGCGUCCUUUUCAGCAAGCUGCAGCAGGGUGUGGUGGAAGACCGCCAGGUGCUCACCAUAGCUCGGCUGCGCGCUGAGGCCGAGGAGGCAUAUGGACAGCGCUUGAGUGACAUUGCGCCGGCCGCAGAUAAAUUGUCUGGUGGCUUUGGUCGAGACGAUGGCGCUACAGUUCGCAAGGCUUACGAUGGGAUGCGAACGGAGAUGCAAGAAGCCUCCCAAAGCCACAUUCGAAUUGCUCAAAACAUUCGCGAUCUAGUUGUCAACCCUUUUUCCAGAUGGUGCGAUGCUCACGAGACUCGUAUUCAGGACUCUCAAGACGUCCUUCAGCUACGAAUCAAGGCGCACGACAAACAGGCCGAAGUUGUCAAGAAGCUCCGAUCGAAUUAUUUCAACAAGUGCCGACUGGUGGAAGAUCUGGAAGAGGAAAAUAAGCUUGCCUUCCAGGAUCCAGAGUCCAGCCCCAAGCAGGCCCAGCCGAACCCGGCGAUCCCCGAGAUCAAGGUUCAGCCUCACAAGGAAGAGGAGCCUCAAAAUGAAGAGGUUUAUGAGAUUGGCGACGACGUCUAUCAGACCGAGCAGAUGAAGAAGAUUCUGUCCAACAUGCUGUCGACAAUUAAGAUGGGAGAAACAAAGGUCCCUAUCCUGGGUACCUAUCUCAACACCUCGGCCGGCUCAGAUAUCGUCGAGUACCUCCAGCGAAGCAUGGGCACGACAAGCGUCAGCUAUGCCGAGAGAAUUGGACAAGACCUCAUCUCCAACGGCAUGCUGCGCCUGAUUGGAAAUGUUGGAAAUACGUUUGCCAACUCUUCCAAAAUGUUUUAUCAAUGGAGACCCAAGGCUUUCCAACUUGCGGGCAUCCCUGAGAAGAAGCAACAGCUGGGCCGAACCUUCUCCAUGCCCACUACGGGCUCCGAUGCUGGCGACUCACCUGUUGUUGGAACCGUGAGCGAAUACUUGUCCAAUUGGAAUGUGCUCAACAAUUCUCGUCCUGGCGAGACUCCUCCCCAGCGGCUGCAGCGUGAGGCAAGAGAAGCCGAUGACAAGUACAAGGCUAGUGUGAAGAAGCUCGACGACCUUCGUUGCGAGCUGGAAGAACUCAUCUUCCUGCACCUCAAGUUCCUUGAGCGCUGUGAGCUGGAUAGGCUAAAGGCCAUCAAGACCGUCAUCCUCGACUUUACUGGGACCAUUGGCAAUGUGAUCCCCAGCCUGCAGUCCUCUGUCGACAAGAUGAUGCUUUUCCAGGAGACCGUGCAGCCCCUGGGCGAUCUGCGAUACCUCAUGGAGAAUUACCGUACCGGUAGUUUCAUUCCAAAGGUCAUCGUUUAUGAGAAUUACUACAACAAGGUUGACGAACAGACUUUUGGUGUUGACUUGGAGGCGCGCGCGAGGGCGGAUAAGAAACGUGUUCCCAUCAUCAUCACCACCAUUCUGACCUAUCUCGACAACCAUUAUCCUGACUUGGAAGGCGAUGAAGCAAGGCGCGGAGUGUGGCUAUUGGAUGUACCUCUUGCCCAGACUCACAAACUGCGCGUAAAGAUCAACGACGGCAAACCGGUGCCCCCAGAGGUGUUUGACGAAUUUGACAUUCCCACCGUUGCAAGCCUUCUCAAGCUUUAUCUGCUCGAGCUUCCUGAUUCUCUGGUUUCUACUCACGUCUACGAAAUUGUCCGAACUAUUUACACCACCCCGGCUACCGAUUCAACCGAAGCCUCUCGUGUUGCCGUACUCCAACAAACCCUUUCACAGCUUCGAUUGACCAACAUUGCUACUCUGGAUGCCUGCAUGAACCAUUUUACUCGCCUUAUCGAUCUUACUUCGGCUGAUGAAGAAUACGUUGCGGCGCUAGCUGCUCACCUGGCACCGUGCAUUCUUCGCCCGCGAACAGAAACUUCUCUUACAAUGGAAGAGAAGCACGCCAGCCGACUUGUCCGCGACCUCUUUGCCCACAAAGACGCUAUUUUCACCGAGCUUAAGCGCAUGUCGACCCUCAACCACUCCAUCUCCGUCACGACAAACCGUCCUCGGGCAAUCAGCACCGAUGAAAGCAACAGGAAAGCCUUGAUGGAGGAGCGGAACAGGGCUCUGCUGGAGAAGGCCAGCGCUUCACGAAGCCGCGCCACCAGCCCUGCGCCUGGCCCUCGAGGCCAUCGACGAGAGCGGAGCAGCGGAGGCCCCGAGACUCGCUUUCCCAUCCAGACCAGCCCGACGACCGCCUCUGACCGCCACCGCAGUAGUCUAGGAAGCUUGAAUGCCAUCAAGCGCUCCAGCUUGGAAGUUCCCGGGCCGGAUGGCAGCACCAGCCCUCCCGAUGCUACAAACGGAUCUCCUCUCAAGUCUGAAAUCGAUGGCGAACAACCAGUCUUGGAUAAGCGUGACAGCCUGGGCAGAGGCGCUGCAGCCAAAUUUGGACCGAGGCUUCCUAUAGCUCCAUCAUCACAAGCACAAGACUCCUCUCGUGGCGUAACUCUAGAGGACAGGCCCAUGGAAGACUAGUAAUCUCCAGUCAUGACCAGGUGUUCGCUGGAGCUCCUUUUUCUUUGCAUUUAUGGCUUUACGCACAGUGACGAAAUGUUUUGUGCUUCAUGUUUGUUUGUGGGUGGACCAGGGCCAAAUGACAAGAUAUGGCUCCCUUUUUUUUCUUUUUUUGUCGUGAGAGAAGGAAAAAAUAAAAAAGUUUGGUAUGCAGGAAAGGUAGAUAGAUAGAUGCGUUGGCUGGAUCCGGAGUAAAGGGAGGUAUAUUAUGUAUGGGAGAGGGACUGAGAUGCCAUAUAUGUGCUACACUAUCUUGAUUUUUUUUGUCUCCUUUUUCUCUUCAUCUUUCUUACCUGUUUUUGAUCUUCUUUUUGGAAAUAUUCUUCUUAC